GUGAGCAGGACCAUCGGCGGAGCAGAGCGCCCGUCGGCAGGAGCGGGAUCUCCGCCUUGCGUGGUGCCGAGUACCGAGAAUCGGGGAAAGACUCAGCUUCCGAGCGAGGAAUCGCAUACCGGGAAAGACGCCAUUCCUAGGCAUGCUUAUGGUGGAUGCUGCAUGGCAGGACAGGCUUUAGAAAGGCUACAAAUUUCUGUGAAGGAUUUCGAUAUUUGAAACAGAUGUUUCCCAGAGUAACUGAUGCCAAGAUGAAGGAAGACAUUUUUUUGUUGGUCCACAAAUCAAACAGUGAAGUUUGUUUACUCUGCAAGUCCACACCAGGAGCUGCUGCUGUACUGAUGUGAGCUGUUGGUUCCUGUUGACUGACACAGGGCCUCUCUGGGGCCUGGGCAACACUGGCACGAAGAUGCUGUUCUCACUGCGUGAGUUGGUACAAUGGUUGGGCUUUGCCACAUUUGAAAUGCUGCUGCAUCUGACAGCUUUCCUGGUGUUCUCGGUGCUGCUGGCUGUCAAGGUGGACAACUUUGUGGGACAGCUGGACUGGUGGUAUGUCUUCAUCCCACUUUUCACUGCCGAUGGGCUCAGUACCUACUUCACCAUGAUUGUCUCUGUCCGCCUAUUCCAGGAUGGUGAGAAACGCCUGGCCAUCAUGCGCCUUUUCUGGAUCCUGACUGUCCUUAGCCUCAAGUUUGUCUUUGAGAUGCUGCUGUGCCAAAAGCUGGUAGAACAAAGCACUCACCUAUGGUAUGGCCUCAUCAUGUCACCAGUCUUCAUUCUCCUCCAGUUGUUGAUGAUACGAGCCUGCCGGGUCAACUGAGGCCUGAAACCAUCCAUUCUGCCUUUCACGUUCAAGCCAACUGACUCCCAGAUGUACAAGUCCCAGGGGUGUUGGAUGAUGGCUGCAAGGAGGGAAAACUUGAGUUAAAUGAUGGUUCUUGUCUCAGUGAUGUCAUGGUGGUUGCUUUAUUACGCAGCGGCUAUUGAGCACAGUACAACCAGACAGUGAACCUGGUUGCUGGCCCGCUGUAAGGAGAAGCACAAAGAGUGUGUUCAUGACUAACCUUCAGCUCCAGAGGCCAGUUCAACCCUCAAGUGGUCUUGCCCCAUUACUCUUUAAUCAGAGUCAACGGUGAGAAAGGGUCCGGUGAUUGCCUAGGACCAAGAUACUCUCCUCUGAAUAUGUUAACAUUUUGGUGAAACUUUAAUCAAUAGAUGACUCCACACUAGGUUUAUGUUUGGGAACUCAUUCAAACUUUCCAAAGGUUGAAGAUAACAGUGGAGUUCUAUGUCCUGCAAUUCUUACAGGGAUUUAGCUGAUAUAUUCACUGGACUAGAAGUGAUAGAAGUAAUCCAAGAUGUUGUUGAAUUAAAUUUUAAAAUUUAUCCAUUUCUUCCUUUCUUUCUUUCUUUCUUUCUUUGUUUCUCCUUCUCCUAAAUGUCCUAACGACACCUGACAGCUCCCUAUGCUAUCUUGUAUUACCAAGUCACCUGGCUGGUCUCCAGGAGAGUGUAAUAAAGAUUUUGUAAGCAAACAACCUUUCGUAGAUUGAGUUUCAAAUUUUUCAUUUGCAGACUACUUUUGAUUUCAAGCCGCUGUGACUGAUACCCUGAGUGAUUGGCUCGUUAUUUAUUUACACCUUAACAGAAUUCACAGUUGUAUAUCAACAAUGGAGGCAUUUGAGGUUAAUUGUAUUAACAACUCAUGCUGCUAGUGUCAAAAGACCAUUCCAAUUGUUUUCAGGUUAAAUACAGGCAAUCAGUUUGUUGCUGCCAACAUAAUCAGCUUCCUGUACUCAGAUGAGCCUAAUGUCUUACUGUUUUGUUCAAGCUUCUUUGUGUGUUGUGUAUUUGUUUACUUUGGAAGGUGGCCACCCUGAGAGAGGAAGCCUUGUUAAAUUUAGUUUACACCCUGAGAUGGGGUUCUCUCAGAAAGCUGCCACUUUUAUUAUUCUGAUUUUUGUUUUUAUCUUUCUAACACCUUUUAAGGAAUUUCAGGAAUGGAUUAUUAUUUUCCAUGCGAUCUGGAGAUUGAAUAAGAUCCCUGUUUGAAAUCUGGUAAGAGGUAGUUCAGUUAGCAGCAAUAGUAUUGCUUUGCUGAGUGUUGAGACAAGGCCCAGUUAACAUUAUGUUAUAGCAAUUUCCUGAAUGAAGCUAAUCUAACCUAUAGGAAGGAGACUCUUAAUUUAGUUACAUUUAUAUUUACAUGUACAGAGGGCUCCUUUCACCUGAUCUUGUGUACCUUCCACUCAUUGGAUGGAGAUUAGUAUUUACAGAGUGGAGAGCACCCUGCCUAGAUGUUCUAAAUGGAAAAAAUUAACACUUGAGUAGGCUGCAAAACUACAGGUGAAGAGAAUAUUUGACAGUUAUAAACAGCCUAGCAUUUGGUAGCACUAUGACUUUCACAUUUGGCAUUUGGGUGUGAAGACUAAGUUCAAAAUGCACUGCACCUGAUCCACCCUUUAUAUAUCAGAGGAGUGUUGCAAGGUUGAAGGUGAUAUUACAGGUGCAAUGUUUAAACCCAAGUCUGGUAUGUAUUCCCAGGUGAGGUUUAAAGAGCAGUAGGUUUGCUUUUCCAUAUGCAAAGUCCUUCCUCGAUAAACAACGGCUGAAAGAGUCAUUCAUUUUGUUGUUAAUUGUGUGUAUAAUGGCUGACCUGUUUCCUAAGGAACAGCAGCAACCACUUAUUAGUAAUUCAUGGUGCAUUGCUUCAGCUCUUACUGAGAGGUCUGAUCAAAUAUUCUGUAAUUAUAAUUUCAAAGUCCCUAAUUUUCUGCGAUAAUGGGUUUGUGCCAGAAAAAUGCUUGCCUUGUACUGAGGUCAACCUGAUAGGACUAGACUGCAGCAAGAAGAGAAUGAAACAUCCUCUACAAUUAUUGUGGGCACAGGACCAGCAUUAAAAGAAUCACAACGCCACCUGAUUCAUUCUCCCAGUCCGGUCACAGUUACCUUGCUGAAGGUAACUUUUUUGUUUGUGAUGCCAUUCAUUUAGCUCCCUGGCAGUGGUGCGACUGACUGCUUGGAAGUUAAACAUUUCCUUUCAUACCUGAUCCAGUUAAAUUCUGCAGUUCAGAGUCAAAGGCAGAGAAUGUUAAUGUGUGUUGUGACAGGAAUUUUAUAGAGAUGAUAAGGUUCAAUUGGAAAUGGAUGAUCUUAUAGACAUUUAAUCAUGAUUAUCACAUGCCAUUGUAUUCCAGUUUACCUUCUAACUUUAAGUAAAAAAAGAUUUGUUCCUCAUUAGUUUCUAGAUAUACAUCAACAAAAUUAAAAUUCAACAAAUGUAAAGAUAUAGUAAAAGAGACACAAUCCAUCAUGCCUCUUCUGCCAGUCAAUACAAUUGUGCCUAAUCAAUUAAUUUUAAUUCCACUGUCCCUUCAUUGUUCAUUAGCAUAGUGCUCAAAAAUCAAUGUAUUCUCAGUCUUGGAUACAUUCAUUAAACAAAUGGAGGGAACAGUCACCUAGUUAAUUAUUAAACAAUGAGCUAAGCAUCCACAGCCAUAUAAGUGGAUUUUCUUUUCUAACCUGCCCAAAAGGAUGAUCUACUUCAAAUUCAUUGUCAUCAGACUGUAUGUAUAUACUACCAAACAAAAUAGCAUUCCUCCACACAUCCACAAAACAUUCAGCACAUAAAACAAAAUAUUUCCUCCAAUAAGUACAUAAAUAUAAUUCAAAAUGCACAUAGUGCACAGCACAGGUAGGCAGUAAACAGCUCACUGCCCCAACUGAUGAGACCUCAGUGGUGGUAGGGUAUUCGUUAGUCUCACAGCCUGAGGAAAGAAGCUGUUACCUCGUCUGGCAGUUCUAGUUGUGACGCUCCUGUCCAUUAUUCCUGAUGGCAGUGGGUCAAAUAGAUUGUGGGAUGGGUGGUAGGGAUCCCCAACAGUCCUUCAUGCCCUUCAUCUACAAUGUUCCCAGUAAAUGUCACAAACAGAGGGAGGGAGACCCAGGUAAUCCCCUUGCUGGUUUUUACAGUCCUCUGUAGGGCCUUGCAGACGAAUGGCUUGCAGCAUCCAUAGCACAAAAUGAUCCAGCCAGACAGGAUACUCUGAGUGCUGCUCCUAUAGAAAGUUGUUAGUAUGGGGGCGGUUGUGCUGAUUCUGAGCUCUCCAGCCAUGAAAGCCCCUUUCUUGCAUUAUCUUAAUCCAUGGAAGAACAUCUGCCAUUCCAAACUGCAGUGGGUAUACAGCACUUUCUGAUCAUGGGACUGUUUUCUUAUCCUAGAGUGAAUCGUUGUUGCUUUCUCUCUUUAAAAUGAAUUCCUUGAGUACUGAGGCCAAGAGUGGCACAUAGUACUCAAGAUGUGAGCUCACCAGAACCCACAUCUUGUUUAUGCUGCUAUAAAAGCUUAUGCAUUCAACAAGCAGAGGACAACUGAUGCAAAAAGAAUGAAAGUGAUAGACUAUAUAACCACUGUACAUACAGACAGACUUAAACAAACGUAGUGAUUCAUGUACGUGUGUAUCUAUCUCCACAUUUGAAGAAGCAUGGGUUAAUCAAUAAGGACUAGUGUGUGUUUGUUCAGCAGUUCGUCUAAUUGGAUUGAAUUUUUCAUUAGUGGAUCCAUCAGGUUAGCCACUCUGAUGUAGAAUGCAUGGAUCUACCAAAGUAUGACAAAGUUCUAUGUGGCAGACUGAUCAAGACAUUAAAGCACACAGGAGCUAAGGAAAAAAAUUGAGAAAAGGGUAAUGGCUAUGACUUUGUAGUGACUGAAGAUAUUCAUUGUGAUUUACAGUUGCAAGAAAAAGUUUGUGAACCCUUGGCAAUUGGUUUUCUGCAUAAAUGUGGUUUGAUCAUCUAAGUCACAAUAAUGGACAAAUUCAAUCUGCCUAAACUAAUAACACACAAACAAUUGUACUUUUCAUAUCUUUAUUGUUUAAUCAUUCACAGUCCAGGCUGGACAAAUUAUGUGAACCCUUGUAUUUAAUAACUGGUAGAACUUCUUUUAGCAGCAAUAAUUUUCACUAAACAUUUCCUGUAGCUACUGAUCAGGCUUGUACAAUGGUGAGGAAGAAUUUUAGACCAUUCCUCCAUACAAAACUGUUUCAGUUCAUCAAUAUUUCUGUGAUACCUUACACGAACAGCCACAGGCCACAGCAUCUCAAUUGUGUUUAGGUCUGGGCUUUGACUUGGCCAUUCCAAAACACAAGUUUUUUUUUCUCUGUUUAAGCCAUUUUAUUGUUGAUUUACUUUGUGUUUUGAAUCAUCGUUUUAUUCCAACAUCCAACUUCCAUUUAGCUUCAGGUGAGGGACUGCUACCUUGACAUUCUCCUGUAAAAUAUCCAUACAACUUCUAAUUCAGAUUCAGUUUAUUGUCAUUUAAAAACCACAAAUGCAAUGCAGUUAAAAAAAUGAGACAAUGUUCCUCCAGAAUGAUAUCGACAAAGCACAUGACAAAAUAGACUACACCAGAAAAUCCACAUAACGUUUGGCAAUCCCCAAUCCAGAGUCAGAAGAGGCUGCUGCGUAUUAAUAUCGCACUACCAUCUUAGUGCAUUCCCCAGAAAGGAGCUCCAAAUCCACCAGAUAAAACAAGACCAAAAACUAAAGCUACAAGACCUGCAUAAAACCACAUAAUUACAACAUAUAGUUACAACAGUGCAAACAAUACCAAAAUUUGAUAAAAAAAAACUGACCAUGGGCGCAGUAAAAAUAGUCCAGAGAUGUUAAAAGACUAUAAGUUCGAAAGAAACCACCACACAGUUUCCACAAGUCCUCAGGGUCCCGAUAGACUUGUCAUCUCACACCAGUGGCAGAAGGGAAUAACCCCGUUAUGGACUUCCACGGUGCUGCCCGACUCAGCCUCGCAGAUGCAGCACACAGUGAAAUUCAUUGUUCCCUCAAUGAUUGCAAGCUUUCCGGGCCCUGAGGCGGCAAAGCAGCCACAAACCAUGAUGCUCCUUUCACCAUGCAUCGCAGCUGGGAUGAAGUUUUGGUGUUGGUGUGCAGUGCCCUUUUCCCCCAAAACAGCAAUGAGCUUUUCUGGCAAAAAAGUUAAACUUUUGUCUCUUCAGUCCACAGAACGUUGUCCCAGAAACAUUGUAGAAUAUCCAAGUGGUCUUUUGCAAACUUGAGAUGGACAGCAAUGUUUUUUUUUGAAGAGCAAUGGUUUCCUCCGUGGUGUUCUUCCAUGAACACCAUUCUUGUUCAGUGUUUUUCUUAUGGUGGACACGUGAACAGAGAUCUUAGCAAGUUCUAGAGAUUCCUGCAGGUCUUUUGCUGUUACUCUUGGGUUCUUUUUCACCUCCUUUAGCAUUGCAUGUUGUGCUCUUGGUGUGAUCUUUGCAGGAUGUCCACUCCUAGGGAGAGUCACAACAGUACUGAAUUUCCUCCAUUUGUAGACAAUUUCUCUUGCUGUCAACUAAAGAACACUCAGGUCUUUAGAAGUGCUUCUGUAGCCUUUUCCAGCUUCACGCAUCUCUACAAUUUUUCUUUCAUGGUCCUCUGAAAGCUAUUUUAAUUGAGGCAUGCACAUAAACAGGUCUUUCUUGAGAAAAGCAGGCUCUGUCAGUAACCUGAUUUUGUGUGUUACUUUUAUAGGGUAGGGCACCUCCAUAACCCACACCCCCACACCUCCAAUGUCAUCUCUUUGAUUGGAACACCUGACUCCAAAUAGCUUUUGUAGAAGGCAUUACCCCAGAGGUUCACAUAAUUUUUUGAACCUAGACUGUGAUUAUUUAAAUAGUGUACUCAGUAUUGAUGAGAAGUAGUACAAACGUUUGUGUGCAAUUAUUUCAGGCAGAUUGUCUAUUAUUGUGACUUAGAUGAAGAUCAGACUACUUUUUAUGAGUAAUGCAGAAAAUCAGGUAAUUACAAACUUUUUCUUGCAACUGUGUCUCUUGAUUUUUGUGGUAUGUACUACCACAAGGCUCUCCUUCCCUCCACUAGCCUACAGAUCACUCUUGGGCAAGGUAUAGCACCUGCUUAGAACCUCAAUCAAAGUUAUGUGAAGCCAUGGGGGCAGGUGGUCAGUUGUAUUAGCAGCUGGUACUUAUCACAAGUCCUGGUUAAGCAACCCCUGACACCAGACAGACAACCACUGAAGAGUAUUGAUAAUAGCUAGGGUCACGCAUCUUGUAAAGACAUAGCCUAGAAGAAGGCAAUGGCAAGCCACUCCGUAGAAAAAUUUGCCAAGAACAGUCACGGUCUUGGAAAUACUAUGAUUGCCCAUGUCGUACGACACAAUGGAUGAACUACUAAUAUAGAUUUAAAUAUAGGGACAAGUAUUAAGAAGUUUGCCAUUUGUGGUUAAAAUGUAGGCUUAAGAGCACACAAAGGAAAAACAAAAUCCAAAUGUAAAAGUAUUAGUCAAUGCAUCUAAGGAAUGCAAACAAUGCAAGAAACUAUAUUAAUUGGUAGGAUACUAAAUGAGAAGAAACAGUGAUCGUGUUGUUUGUGUCCAUAGAUUCUUGAAGGAAGCAGAACUAGUUAUUAAGGUGAUGAAUAUGACAUACAGGUAACACGUUUUUAUGGACCAAAGCAUAGAAAUCCAGAGCAACAAGGUGACGUUGAAACUGUAAAACACUGGUGAGAGUAUUGCACCAUUUUAGUUACUACAAGGUAUAGAGAGAGCACUAGAGGGCUGUGGAGAUUAAAAGCAUGUAGACAGGUAUGAAGAAUUUUACAGGAACAACAAUGAAGAAUCCUUCAACAUAUGAGUGCGAUGGUGUCCCUGUCUCCACCUGACAUUCGCAUGGCUGAAAACUGAGAGGAAGCUACUGACAUGAUGAAAGAAGCCCUGAACACCACCAGAGAUGGGGAACCUUCAUUCCCGCCUUAAACACCAGUGGCGUAGCGGGCAGUGAGUAAAUAAGUUAAGAGCAGAAGCAGGAAUUAAUGAAAAAAUAAGGAAGUGCUCAAGAAAUUAAACAAUUAUUUUGUGGUGUAUUCACUCAUUGUAUUAAAUAUAUUCUGAAGAUAAUUGGUAACCAAGUGACAAAAGGAUUGAGGAACUUAAAAGUAUUUUAAAAAUAUUAAAUCUUUUAGAAUAAGGGCAACAGCAGCUGGGUAUCUUUUGCUUUUUUUUCACAGAGCACUUAUUGCUCAUCUCAAAUUGCUUUUGAGAGGUGGAAUUCAGGCACUAUCACCUACCACUGCAGUCCUUCUAGGAAAGGUGGUCCCACUGUAGUAGUUCCAGAGAUGAAGUUACUGUGAUUCGACUACUGCAUUUCCAGGUCAGCUGGUGUGUAAUUUGGAGAAGAAACUGUAGGUGGCAGUGUUUUCAUGCGUCCAUGCUGCCCUUGUUCUUGGGUCUUUCACAGCAACUGAGGUGCUGGUGGAGGAAAUGAAUUGUAGGAUAUUGGAUGGUGUACCGGUCAUAUGGAUGGGAUGGUUUUGAUUUGAAUGAAUUAUUUUUUAUUAAAUAUAUUUUAAUUUAUAAAGAUAUGGGUUUAAUUUGCCAGGUCAGCAUUUAUCAUACGUACCUAAUUCCCUUUGAUAAGGUUAUAUUGAGCCACCUUCCUGAACUGCUGAACUUCUUGUCAAAGUAUCCAGCACUGCAGGUGAACCAGGAUUUUCAGGACUGAGGACUGAAGGCAUGGCGCUAUAUAAGUUGAAUCCACAGGAACACAAGAAGCUGAAGAGAAUAGUGGAUUCAGUCCAAUAUAUCAUGGACACAUUCCUCUCCAACAUUGGCAGCAUCUGCCUUGAGAAGGAAACAUCAUCACCAAAGAUCUCCAUAAUCCAGGCCAUGCCAUCUCCUUGCAGCUACCAUCAGGCAGGAGGUACAGAAGCCAACCACAGUUCUUGAAUCAACCUGCACAACUCUAAUCACUAUCCUCAGUAUAGCAACACUAUGACCACUUAGGUCAUUUUGCACUACAGCGGAUAGUUAAGUUCUACUUGUGUUAUUUCUUGUAAAAUUUGUGUAUAGUUUGUGUUUUAGUUAUUUUCUCUUGAAUGCUGCUUAUCUGAUGCAAUUUUGCCUAUGAUGCAUAUCAUAAGUAAGUUUUUUUUAAUUGCACCUGCACAUACAAGGAAGUAACUGUAGGCGGCAGCACAUUGUAAUCAUUUUUUACUGUGUUACUAGACAGACCACUGUAACCACAGACUGACCUAGACUUGAGGGCCCACAUCCUAGGGUGCAGACGUAACAGGGAGAUUAGACAUGAUGAGAAACUGCAUCAUCAUCUAAUACGUGGGGGGUGGGGAGAAGGGUGGCAUUGCACAGGUUCAAAAUAAGCUGAAGAAAUUUGUAAACUCAGAUUCAUCAUGGGUACGAGCCUCCCCCCGUCCAGGACAUCUUCAAGGAGAGGUGCUUCAAAAGACAGAAUGCAUCAUUAAGGACUUGCAUCACCCAGGACAUGCCCCCUUCUCAUUGUUACCAUCAGGGAGGAGGUGCAGGAGCCUGAAGGCACACACUCAACGAUUCAGGAACAGCUCCUUCCCCUCAGCCUUUAGAUUUCUGAAUGACUAUUGAACCCAUGGACACUACCUCACUACUACUUGUUCCACUCUUUUUGCACUACUUACUGAAUACAACUUUUAAAAACUAUAUGUUCCCAUGAGGCGGUGAGACACGGCAGCAGUGGCCUUUCAGACCUGGUGUUACUUUAAUUUUCUAUUCUAAGUUUGAUAUACAAUUUUCGAUUAGGACACAUGGAUAACAGAGCGACUAUCUACCAUUGCCAGAUACUACUACAAUACAGAUAUCACCCAAAAACAAAGCUCCAUAAAGAUCUGGCUGAAUUACGCGACCUUGGCUUGCUGAGGGGAACGGGCCUACAUUCCUUGGCUUCCCCCAAGCUAUCAGACUCCUCAAUACCCGAAGCCUGGACUGACACCUUGCCCUAUUGUCCUGUUUAUUAUUUAUUGUAAUGCCUGCACUGUUUUUGUGCACUUUAUGUAGUCCUGUGUAGGUCUGCAGUCUGUAGGUCUGUAGAUUUCUCUGUUUUUUUUUUGACGUAGUUCAGUCUAGUUUUUGUACUGUGUCAUGUAGCACCAUGAUCCUGAAAAAUGUCUCAUUUUUACUAUGUACUGUACCAACAGUUAUGGUCGAAAUGACAAUAAAAGUGACUUGACUUGA